ACUUUUAAAUCAGCAUCACCUCCACCAUGAAGACGCUGAUUCUGUCUGCACUUCUUUGUGCUGUGAUCACACUGACCAGAGCUGCUGCUCUUUCAGACGCAAAGGAUGAAGGUGGGGAAGUGGCAAUAAUUCAAGAAGGAGAGCAUCAUAUCUUGGAGAGGUCAACAUCUUGUCCCAGUGGUUGGACUAAGAUCAGCGAUCGCUGUUUCCUCUUCGUUCCACGAACCAUGACUUGGGCUGAAGCUGAGAGAAACUGUCUGUCCUUAGGUGCACACCUUGCAUCCGUACGUAGAGCUGAGGAGUAUCAUCAGAUUCAAAGGCUGAUAGCAGAUAAAACUCAUGGGAAUCCACUGACAUGGCUCGGAGGCUCUGACGCUGCCCAGGAGGGUUUUUGGUUCUGGAGUGAUGGUACGCCUUUCACCUUUUCAUACUGGUGCAAAGGAGAGCCAAAUAACCUUAGGGGCCAGCACUGUUUACAAAUAAAUCAUGGAGAUAACAAAUGCUGGGAUGAUGUACAGUGUCGCAAUCGCCUUCCAUCCGUCUGUAUAAAGAAAACCAACUGAUUCCUGGGCUGACA